UCCUUUUCUUGCAGGACAAAGCGAUUGCUCGUUUAAACGCUUAUAUCAGUACAGUGUAAAAGACAAGCCUUGGUGCAUUCCCGAAUCACCAGAGUAUUUUUCCACUCCCUGGGCAUUCGAUACUCUUCUGCCAGUUCUUCUACGAUGGAUAGUGAUCAAAGCUACGGUUUUCCGCAUUUUCAUGAUGGCAGUGAAGAAAUUAUCCUCCAAGAAGAAAUCGUCGGUGAAGACGGAACUAUUUACGACGAGAUCCCCAUGUCUGACUCCAAUGCCAUGAAAAUUGCGGAGAACAUAGUGCCUUUGUUGAAUGAUCACACCAUGAAGAAAGCAACGAAGCGUCCCGCGAAUCGUCGCCCGAAGCCCGCGAGACAAGAAGACGAUACGAACACUCGAAAAUGGGCGCAGAAACAAGUUCAGAUUAAGACCAUGCAAGGGGAAUUCUCAGUAACAAUGUGGUCUUCGGGUCCGGAUGGCGAUCAGGAAUCGGACGAUGACGUUGACAAAAAAGGGGACAUAAUACCUGUGGAAGAACUGCACGAGGAUCAUCAUGGCAUUGGGAUGGACCCAACUGAAGAAGUGGAAUACAUGAACGAUUACAUGGUUGAGCAUAAAAUUCCGCUGGAUGGCAUUCCGGGUAUUGAUCUCACGGACCCGAAACAAGUUGCUGAAAUCGCCAAGCAUGCAAACCGUCAGCAAAUACAACUGCAGCAACACCAACAACAACUAGCCUUCCAGCAGCUGGAGGAGUUGCAAAAGCAGCAGUACGGGGAAGAAGGAGAAAGUCCAUUCUCAAAUGCUCAGCUGAUGCACAUUGACAUGAAUCCUGACCAACCGUUUCUCGUGUACGCUGAAUGAACGCCCAAGGGGAUUAUUUUGUACAUACUUUUGUGAAGUUUGGUCCGUGUCUUAUGAGUAAGUCCUCUUUCAGCGUUUACGGAUUGCUUUAAAGGCGAUAUUUGAAUUGAAAGUAUAAAAAAGGUCUUCUAAAUUAGUCAGAUCACCUUGAGGAAUCCUUUCUGUAGAGCCGUUAUUUCGUAUACUGAAGUCUUCAAUUUUUUGCUUUCAAUUAUUAAUACAGUACAUGGGGAUAUCCGAAAGUUAGAGGGAACUUACAGAAGAAGAAAAUCCUCUAAAAAAAAGUUAGUACGUUACACUUCUUGAAAUAGUUGCCAAUUUUGACAUAUCAUUAGCUAAUGGAUCCAUUGCUGAAGGUUACUAUUUUUUUUUGCAUUUUCAUUUUUGAAAAGCUAUUUUGGGCAUUUUGGAGAUAAUACGAUGAGUUUUCAUGACUUUCAAAUUAUGUUUUAACUUUUAAGGAACCUUGUAGCAUGCGAUUCUCCAUUCUUGCCUUUUUACAGGAUUCUAAGUUGUUUUUUACCGCCAUUUAUUUGGUCCUUUUGUCAGGACAAAUUUUGUUUAUGUUGCUGUUGGGACAUUCUAAUGAUUCUAUGAUACAUUUUUGAAGAAUCAGAAACUUUUCCUUAUGCUGCGAGAAAGUAUUCAAACUUGUUGGCGAAUUAGGUUUUAAAUCGCUGCAAUCUCUUUUGUAAAUGUCUCUUCCGAGUUGCAUUUAUUUUUCGUCACUGCUCUCAGAAAUUAUAUUACUAGGAAAAAAUCUUAGGUUGGAGAAGCUGUAAAAUAUGACAGGCUUGAUGGCUAAUUAAUUUGAGAAAUGUUGAUUCCUUGCGAUGAAAUAUUUUUCUGGGCGGGUGUUGUAAAUCUUGCUAUGAUUUGUAGUCUCUUAACUUUUGGAUCUCCCCAAGUAUGUGUUGCCGGAUCUUAUCGAUUAUAUGUUUCGAACGCUGAAAGUGAGCAUACUCAAGCGUGCAUUCCUCAGGGAAGGAAGGGGAAGGCAAUCCGCUUCCAUGUAUUUUGUUUUCUACCGCAUUUUGAAACAAGUGUUCAAUCCUUGUUGUAUAACCCUAUGUACGCGAAAUUUGGCUUUAUAUAUUUUAAAAAACUGGAUGAAUCCAAGGUAUGUGGAGGACCAAUGAGCGACUGGACAGGUAUUUUUUGCGGGGACGUGUACUAAUAAUCCAUCCUGAAAAUCAUCUUGGGUCGCGAUUGAUGUGGAGUCUUUUUUUUGUACGGAGUGAGUGCUUUUUUUGCUGGAACUUGGUUUGGCAUAUUGUCUUAACCAAGUGCUCGAGUGCGUGGUUUUCAGCCGGACGGUUUUUGAUACCGGGUGCUUGUGGUUGUGUGGGCUUCUUCGGCCGCGAGAUUUUGCUUGUUCAGUGGAAGUGCACUUUUUUUUGGAGAGGCGAUGAAGAUUUUUCGACGAAUGAAUCUUCACAUUUUCGAUACCACCGAUA